CCGCCGCACCGGCAACAUCGCCACCAAGGCCCGUCGCUGUGUGUCAAGCACCCGCCCUGACGUUGUGUGAACGCAUAUAUAGUGUUUUGUUUAGUGUGUGAGACAGCCUGUGAGCGGUUACUUAACGUGUACGUUGUGAUUUUUUGUUGUUGUCUUGUGUGCACUAUGAGGUUGUACGCUACGUUAUGAAUGGUCUUGAUCGCUGCUUCUUCGAUCAACGUGAGUCACAACAAAGCGGAGAUGACUGCAGCUAUAGCUAUAUAAGCCUGGGCCGGCUGCAGCCCUACGGCUCGGGCAGCGGGUCGAGCAGCGACAGCGGGCGGCGGCGGCGCCAGCGCGGCCUCUCCGAGUCGCCCACCGCGCCUACCACGCCCACGUCUGCGUCAGAUAACGCCUCUGACGCCACUCUCACCGACUCCGAGCUGCCGUUGGCGAGGGACUCCACUCUGCUCGUACAAAACGGUAAAAAACGCAUGCUGAGAUCCACAUUCGACCGGCCAGACCACGAACGUUGUCUGCUGGAAGGUUCUCGUCUACCCCCCGAUGUGCCACCGCGCAACCCCACCAUGUCUCGGCUGAACGGCCGCAUCACCGGCAACCCCGCCGAUCUCGGAGACUUCGAGCCCUCGUGUCUCGUCCGCACGCCUUCUGGCAACUUCUACGUGCCUUCGGGUGAAUGGGACAUACAAAAGAAUCCGUCUAUGGACUACAAAUCUAACUCGUCCUGCAGCAGUCCAGGGAAACAAGACAAGAGCACUCUAGAGAGGAUGGACAGGAGUGACAGAUCCCACCCGGCAUUCGGCGCGCCUGUCCCCGUCCUCCCAGUGAGGAACAACCUCCGCGCCUCCCACUUCCCGCCGGCGGCGUCCCGGUUCCAUUUCAGGAAAGGCCUCUCGUCACGAUGUACCUGGAAAUGCACAGCCAUAGUCUUCAUAAUACUGUUUGUUCUUCUUUUAGCCAUUGCCUCUUAUAUGUCUGCUUCUUAUUUCGUCAACUGGUCAUAUCAAAAUUCUAAAGCGUGUACAGUGCUAGUUGGCGAUUCGACAGAGAUGUUCCCCACUUCCAAAGCGACGACGCUGGAAGCAAGUAACAAAUCUCUAGUAAGACAGACUCCGCCGUCCGCCGGAUCAGGUAACGAAGAGGCCCAUUCGCGGCACCGUAGGAGCGUAGAUGUAGACGGGCAUGCUUCUCAAUCUGUUUCUUCUAUGGAUUCUUCCACCGCUGUAGAUAUGCAUGAAAUCAGUACGCCUGUAAUCACUACCGAUGUUAGCUUAGCGCAUGGUGUGGUGACGGAGGCUGCCGCACAAGUAAGUGAAACAGAUCAGGGUGCUAACGCUUUUGUGUCAGCUAAUGUGUCGUCUCAAACCGGUGUGCUAACAAAAGAGCUUCAACCUAACGACACAUCUGUGGAAGUAACAACCGCGUCUACAACAACUGAAGAAAAUAAAGAGACAACUAAACUCACUACUAAUAUCAUGAAAAUUGACAAAAUACCUAAAGAUCCGCAAGUAGAAAUACCGUCUAGUGUUAUAACUGAAAAACCUGUAGCUCCUAAGAGUGAAACAGAUAACAUUGCUUACGAUCCUGAUGAUAUGCAAGGAGAUUCGUUCCCAACGGUCUAUUCAUACGGCGUCCUGAGACUGCAAUAUCUAAAACGCCUGGCCAAGUAUAAAAAAAUAAUGGAGGAAUCACACAUCCUACCCAAUGAUACUGCCGAUGGGAACAUAGAAAAAAUCCACUAUGAAAAUGUUUCUAUAACAAAGAUUGUAUCCACCACUAAUAACCCUGUCAAUACAACGUCAUCAACUAACGAUACGCCUAUUACAAAGGCCAAUGAGGUCAUCAUCACAACAAAUAGAUUUGCUGCACCCAUUGAGCAUGUUGUGACGACCACGCCCGCACCAAGUGUUGCUAUUGUAACUAAUAAUAACCUUUUGUUGAACACAACCGCGACGAUUACUAGCACUAGCAGUCCUAGUACCACUAGCAGUACAAGUACUACUAGAACGACCACAACUAAUUACCCAACAACUACCACUACUACUACCACUACCACUACCACUGUUCCAUCUACAACUACCAAAACAUCAACCGAAACAGCAACCACAGAAGCAACUGAAUCCACAACAGUAAAUACUGCUAAAACAAGAACUCCUGAAUUGUCUAACGCUAAACAUGUUUUAAUUAACCUCACGAUAUCUGCUGACGACGCAGACUCCUCCUAUAAACCGCUUUAUUCGUUGGCAGUAACCGUUCCUACGUUAGGUGACUCCAAUGAAAUUCCUACUGUAAAAAUAACACCAAUGGACGUUGAACCGACAACGGCAACUAAUUUCAACAAACCAGUCAUUGUAGAAGGUGUCACGCAAACAACAGUGACACAGGAACCAACAAAAACAACCAAACAAUUUAAUGUUGAAGAUGAGGGUGGUAUGUGCGAAUGCUCAUGCCCUGUGUGCAAUAGUAAUUACACUGAUGAAGCUUAUGAUGAUUAUUCAGAAAAAUCAACAACAGACGCAACAGAUACGGAGACAUCCACUGACGGUGAAGUCCAAAGUUCAACAGAUUCGCAAACUGAAAAAACCGAAACAAGCACGGAAGUAACAACCGAGACCGAAGCGUCCACUACCGAUAUAAGCGACACAACAACAGAUUUUACAACAGAAUCAUUUUUGAUGCCUACAACAAAAGUCCCUCAAUGCGUUUGCCCAAAAGUUACACCUCCCCCCAUUCUCAUUCUGGAAGGUCCUGUGCAUACGUUCGCUGCACAGUCGUUCCCACCCGACGGUACAACGUUCAAACAAAUUACUUUAGGUGAAAAAUUAUCAAAAGAAAUCCAUCCAUAUAGUUAUUGGAACAUGCAGUUCUACCAGUCGCAGGCUGCGUAUGUGAAAUUUGACUACAUGAUACCGCGCGGAGCGUCUAUAGGCGUCUAUGCGAGGAGGAACGCGUUACCCACACACACGCAGUACCACUUCUUGGAAGUUUUGAGUGGUUUCAAGGCCAGAACCACGAGGGCUUCGCAUCCGUCAGUAAAGAAAGAGUUGACUCACUACAUGGAGCAGGGGCACUGGUUCCUCUCUCUGUACAACGACGACGGCGACCCUCAAGAGAUCACGUUCAUCGCCAUGGUGGCCGAGGAGAUGACCCACAACUGCCCCAACGGCUGCUCCGGCAAAGGAGAGUGCCUCAUGGGCCAUUGUCAAUGCCAACCUGGUUUCGGCGGUGACGAUUGCAGUAAAAGCGUGUGCCCUGUUUUAUGCAGUCAAAGAGGCGAAUAUAUUAACGGCGAAUGUCAGUGCAAUCCUGGAUGGAAAGGCAAGGAAUGCUCACUCAGACACGAUGAGUGUGAAGUGCCCGACUGCAACGGCCAUGGACACUGUGUCAACGGAAAGUGCUCCUGCGUCAGGGGAUAUAAAGGAAAGUUCUGCGGGGAAGUCGACUGCACCCACCCCACGUGCUCGGGCCAUGGGUUCUGUAUCGAGGGGUCUUGUGUGUGCAAGAAGGGAUGGAAGGGUCUGGACUGUGCGACCAUGGAUAAGGACGCCUUGCAGUGUCUUCCUGAUUGCUCUGGACAUGGCACCUUCGAUGUUGAUACGCAGACUUGCACUUGUCACGCCCGGUGGUCUGGCGAGGACUGUUCGAAAGAGGUGUGCGACCUGGACUGCGGGCCGCACGGGCGCUGCGUGGGCGAGGCGUGCGUGUGCGCCGCGGGCUGGACGGGCGAGUUCUGCACCGCGCGCCUCUGCGACGCGCGCUGCAGCGACCACGGCCAGUGCAAGAACGGCACCUGCCUUUGCGUCUCCGGUUGGAAUGGAAGACACUGCACGCUCGAGGGAUGUCCGCGAGGUUGUGCAGGACACGGCCAGUGCAGGGUGGCGAAUGAUGGGCAUUGGGAGUGCAAGUGCUUCGAUGGAUGGGACGGUCCUGACUGUACGACCCUUAAGGAGCAGAUUUGUGAUGAUUCUAAGGAUAACGAUAAAGAUGGUCUAGUGGACUGCGAAGACCCGGAAUGCUGUCAAAGUCCAGCGUGUAAAGGCAGCCAGCUGUGCGUCUCCUCGCCGAAGCCCACCGACAUCCUCCUCAGGAAGCAACCGCCUGCCAUCACCGCGUCAUUCUUCGAACGCAUGAAGUUCUUGAUAGAUGAGGGUAGUUUGCAAAACUACGCGAAACAGGAGACCUUCAAUGAGAGUCGAUCGGCGGUUAUCCGCGGCCGUGUGAUCACCACCUUAGGAUCAGGUCUCGUCGGAGUGAGGGUUUCCACGUCCACUCCUCUUGAAGGCUUCACUCUAACGAGGGAGGACGGCUGGUUCGACCUCCUGGUGAACGGAGGAGGGGCUGUGACCCUGCACUUUGGAAGGGCGCCCUUCAAGAGAUCCUCUCAAGUUGUCUUCGUCCCUUGGAAUGAGGUGGUGAUAAUCGAUGAAGUGAUGAUGACCACGGCUGAUGAAAAGACCGGCAUGGGUCCGCCACAGGCGUGCCUCGCUCACGACUACGACGCCAUGAAGCCAGUCGUGCUGGCCACGUGGAAGCACGGCUUCCAGGGCGCUUGUCCUGACAAGAGCGCUAUCCUGGCUGAAUCUCAGGUGGUCCAAGAAAGCCUGCAGAUCCCUGGCACAGGUCUCAACUUGGUAUACCAUAGCUCCCGCGCCGCCGGCUACCUAUCCACCAUCCAACUCCAACUGACUCCAGAGAAAGUCCCGCCAACCCUGGCCCUGAUCCAUCUUCGCAUCACAAUCGAAGGCAUCCUCUUCGAGAAGACCUUUGAAGCUGAUCCAGUCAUUAAGUUCACAUACCCAUGGAACAGGCUGAAUGUGUAUAGACAGAGGGUGUAUGGUGUGACCACGGCGUUGGUGAAAGUUGGCUACCAAUACACGGAUUGCAAGGAUAUCAUCUGGAAUGUCCAGACGACGAAACUCAGCGGUCAUGAUAUGAGCAUCUCUGAUGUUGGCGGAUGGAAUCUGGAUAUACAUCAUAGAUACAAUUUCCACGAAGGUAUACUCCAAAAAGGCGACGGCACCAACAUCUACCUGAAGCAUAAGCCGCGUCUCAUCAUCACGACCAUGGGCGACGGGCGCCAGAGAGAGCUCCACUGCGGUCCGCAGUGCAUCGGACCUGCGACCAAACAGCGUCUCUUGGCUCCCGUGGCUUUGGCUGCUGCUCCUGACGGCUCCAUCUUCGUUGGAGACUUCAAUCUCGUGAGGAAGAUUAGCACUGACGGCAUGGUGCGAACUGUGGUCAAGUUGAACGCCACUCAAGUAUCGUACCGCUACCACAUGGCGUUAUCCCCUCUCGACGGCACUCUUUACAUCUCGGACCCUGAAUCCCACCAGAUCAUUAAAGUGCGCAACACCGACGACUACAGCGACCCCGAACACAACUGGGAGACAGUGGUGGGAUCCGGCGAGAGAUGCCUCCCAGGAGACGAGGCCCAUUGUGGCGAUGGAGCUUUGGCCAGGGAUGCUAAACUUGCAUAUCCAAAAGGAGUUGCUGUGUCCAUAGAUAACGUCUUAUAUUUCGCUGAUGGUACCAACAUCCGUAUGGUGGAUAGAGAUGGUAUUAUCACAACAGUAAUUGGUAAUCACAUGCACCGAGCUCACUGGAAACCUAUCCCUUGCGAAGGCACUCUAAGCGUCGAAGAGGUCCAUCUACGCUGGCCAACGGAACUUGCCAUCAAUCCAUUGGAUAACAGCUUGCAUAUUGUGGAUGAUCAUAUGAUCUUACAAAUGGCUCCUGAUGGUAGAGUGAAGGUUAUUGCAGGAAGGCCAUUGCAUUGCCCAUCCCCACUGACUGGUUACGAUAUGGAGUUAGCAACGUAUGCUACCCUGGUGAUGCCACAGAGCAUAGCUUUCGGAGCAGCAGGAGACUUGUACGUGGCUGAAAGCGACUCCCAAAGAAUCAACAGAGUUAGACUGAUCACUACCGAUGGAAAGAUAUCUUUGUAUGCUGGCGCCGAAUCUAAAUGCAAUUGUCUGGAGAGGGGCUGCGAUUGCUUCGAAGCCGACCAUUUCCUUGCAUCGAACUCCAAAUUCAACACAAUAUCUGAUGUUAUUGUCAGUCCAGAUGGUAUCGUUCAUAUCGCGGAUCAAGCUAACUAUAGAAUACGGUCCGUGAUGGCCAGCAUCCCUGAUGCGAGUGGAGCGAGAGAGUACGAAAUAUACUCCCCGGAUACACAAGAAAUAUACAUCUUCAACAGAUUCGGACAACACGUCAUGACCAAGAAUAUAUUGACCAGUGAAAAUAACUACGUAUUUACGUACACUGUAAAUACUAGUAAUGGUAAGCUUAGUACUGUAACUGACGCUGCUGGCAACAAAGUGUUCCUUCUACGAGAUUAUUCUAGUCUAGUCAACUCUAUUGAGAAUACUAAGGGUCAGAAAUGCAGAUUGAAGAUGUCAAGAAUGAAGAUGCUGCAAGAAUUAAGGACGCCAGACAAUUUCAACGUCACAUUCGACUAUCAUGGAACAACUGGUUUACUCAAAGCCAAGUAUGACAGCACAGGCAGAAGCUAUAUUUACAAAUACGAUGAAUUUGGAAGACUCACGUCAGCUGUUACUCCGACUGGAAGGAUUAUCAACCUUACAUUCGAUCUGAGCCUCAAAGGCGCGACAGUGCGAGUCAGUGAAAACAAAAGGAAACCAAUUUCAAUAUUAAUCAAAGGAUCGUCAGUUAAUACAAAAGUCGGAGAAGCUGAGAAAAAGACCAUCAUAUCAACUGAUGGCAGCAUUUCCUCCAGCAUGCCUUGGGGACAUGUGAUUUCCACUGAUACAGUCCCAUACACCAUCCUUGCAGAAAUAGAUCCAAUACUGGGCGAAAGUUACCCUGUACCAGCUAAGCAAAGGACUGAAGUCGGCGGCGACUUAGCGAACAGAUUCGAAUGGCGCUAUUUCUUGAGAAAAUUAGUCACGAAUAAAGGCAAGAGUAAGACGGUCGCACAAAUCGGACGAAAAUUGAGAGUGAACGGCGAAAACUUGUUAACGCUCGAAUACGACAGAGAUACAUCGACUGUCGCCGUCUUUAUGGACGACAAAGUAGAACUCUUAAAUGUUACUUACGAUAGAACUGCUAGGCCGCUGAAGUGGGGACCUCGGAAUGGCAUCUUUGCAGAAGUUGAGUUAGAGUACGACCGAUUCAAUCGACUAACCAGAUGGAGUUGGGGAGAUCUGAAUGAAACCUAUGGAUUUGACAGAGCUGGAAGACUUCACGAAAUUCGUUACGGUGAUGGGUCGUCUCUCGCUUACUCAUUUAGAGAUAUGUUCACUAGUCUUCCUCUAAAGGUAACAACGCCAAGAGGCAGCGAUUAUCUGCUAGACUAUGACGAUUCUGGUGCUCUCCAAAAUCUGACCACGCCUCGAGGUCACAUCCAUACAUUUGCUCUCAUGACUUCUCUGGGUUACUUCAAAUAUCAAUACUUCUCUCCCAUGAACAGACAUCCAUACGAAAUAUUGUAUAACGACGAUGGACACAUCCUGGCAAAGAUCUUCCCUCGCCAAUCUGGCAAAAUUCUGUACGUUUAUGAUAGUACUGGUAAACUGGAGACUAUAUUAGCUGGAGCAUCUGCUAUCCGCUAUGUAUACCAUGAGAAUACCCAUCUAGUAAAGAAUGUAGAAAUCACUGAUCCUGACUACGAAUUGAAACAAGACUAUAAAUACCACGCAGGUAUUCUCAAAGAUGAGAAGAUGAAAUUCAAUUCUAAGAGUAGUCUAAACAAUGCUCAUUUCAAGUAUCAGUAUGAUGGUAACGCGCGUCUUUCCACAAUCGAUGUAAACAUUAACAGCAAAGAAACACCUCAGCUGAGGCUUAAAUACAACCAAAAUCUUGGAAUACUCGAAGCAGUCAGUGAUUUAAGAAUCUACCGUAACACGUUCAAUCGCUCUGUGAUGCAGGACACCAGCAAACAGUUCUUUACAAUCACUGAUUACGACGACCAUGGUAGAAUCAAAACUGUCCUCAUAAACAUCAAAGCUUUCGACGUAUUCCGCUUGGAACUGGAAUAUGACGUCAGAAAUCGAAUCAAAACGAAGAAGAUGAUGAUCGGCGACACAUCAUCUAACGAACGAAUUAGUUACAACUACGACGGACACCUGAUGGAAGUAGUAGGGUCCGAAGACGACUGGAAAUACAAUUACGAUGAGAACGGUAACGUAAUUGGUAUCAUUGAACACGGUGAGAAACGGCACGUCGGCUACGAUUUUGCCGACAGAGUUGUACAGUAUGGAGAUAUUGAAUUCAGUGGCUACGAUGAUCGCGGGUUCGUUGUGCGGCGAGGCGAGCAGAAAUACAGAUACAACUCACGAGGCCAGUUCGUCCACGCGUUCGAACGGGAUAAGUUCCAAAUGUGGUACUAUUAUGACAAUAGGAACAGGUUGGUCGCUUGGAAGGACGAUAAGAGCAACAUCACGCAGUUCUUCUACUCGAAUCCUCAAACCCCGAAUUUGAUCACCCACAUGCACUACCCGAAGACGGAGAAGACCAUCCGCUUCCUGUACGACCAGAGAGACUUCCUAACCUGCAUCGAGACGGAAGACCAGCGCUUCUACGUAGCCACUGAUCACAACGGCUCACCGCUCGUCGUCUUCGACGUAAACGGAGAAAUAAUAAAAGAACUCAAACGCAGUCCGUUCGGAAAGAUUAUUAAAGACACGAACCCAGGAUUCUACGUUCCUGUAGACUUCCAUGGAGGUAUCUUCGAUUACAACACCAACUUGGUAUACGUUGAGAACAGGUUAUACGACCCAGUUGUAGGACAAUGGAUGACGCCGAGUUGGGAGCACCUGGCGACAAAACUAAGUCUCCCGACGGACAUCUUCACGUAUCGAUUCAGGAACAACGACCCGAUAAACAAGAACCAGAAUGUUCCGUAUAUGACCAGCCUGGCUAGCUGGUUGCAGCUGUAUGGAUAUGACAUGAACAAGAUGAUGGGCUCCAAAUACAUAACGGACAUGAUCUUCCAGCCGAUGACGUCAGUAACAGCUCCGCAAUUGGCACCCGACUUCGGCGUCAUGUCUGGUCUUCAGUGUAUUAUAGAAAAGGUAAACGACAAGCUAUCCGACAUCGACUUCGUCCCGACACCACUGCUAAAGAUGGAACCGAUCACACGAAACCUCCUUCCUCGAGUAUCAUACAAGCGAGGCGUGUUUGGAGAAGGCGUGCUCAUCUCCAGAGUGGAUGGCAAAGCCUUCAUCAGCGUCGCAGAUGGCGCCAACAGCGUGGUGGAAGACGUCAUCACCACUGUCUUCAACAACUCUUAUUUCUUAGACGUCCACUUCAGCAUCCAUGACCAAGACGUGUUCUACUUCGUAAAGGACAACUCAUUGAAGAUAAGGGAUGACAUGGAGGAGCUAAGACGGCUGUCUGGCAAGUUCAACGUGUCACAGGACGAAACCAAUGAUCAAGGAUUGGAGGUACGUGUCCACGCAGUCGGCAAGGGUUCUGCGCAAGCUGUCAUAGUCCUCCGCUAUGGCGUUGACCCAGCACAAGAGAGGAUCAAAUUGCUAAAGCACGCGCACAAGCGAGCCGCCGUGCGGGCGUGGGAGAGGGAGAAGGUCCUCGUGGCCGGCGGCUGGGAGGGCCGAGGCUCCUGGACAGAGGAGGAGAAGGAGGAACUCAUCUCCCACGGCAUCGUCGACGGUUGGGCGGCCAAGGACGUGCACUCCGUGUCCAAGUACCCGCAGCUGGCGGACGACCCCGCCAACAUCGUGUUCGUUAGAGACGGCAGAAGAAAACGAAGAAAGAGCGGCCGCGCGCGCCACCGCUCGUGACUCUCUUAAUACGUGCCAUACGACGCCAUUUUGAAAUCCAAAUUUGAAACCCGCCAUUGACAACAUGGCGAGUCUCAUUUUCGGUUAAUUAUUAUUUUUAUAGGACUGAAGCGUUCUCUGCCUCGAUAAGGAUAAGCGUGGUUUUGUGAUCGGUAAAUGAUUGUAUAGAAGUAACAAAGGUUGCAUAGGACUGAUUGGAAGGUACGGGUUAGGUUAACGGACGUAAUGUGAGAGAUGGGACAUACGAGCAUAACACUCUGUUUACUUUGUUUUUGUACUUAGACGUGUAAUAUCCCUGGCUUGUUUACUUUCGCCUGUACAUCGGACUGAAAUGAAUCUCGUAACAACUCACUACAGGGUACCGAGACAUAAAUAAAAAAUGAACUUUAAAAUAAUAAUUAUAAAUAAACUGAGCAUAAUGAUAUUACAAAAUGGAACCAAAAUACUCAAACGCGAUCACAACUUUUUUACUCGUAAUUUAUUUAAUUGUAACCCGAUGAUAUUAUUUUGGAUUAUAUUUAGAUGUCCUUAGCCUACACUCGUUUCGUUUUACGCACGAUUGUCGUUAGAUGAAGCGUAGGAUCGUGGUAAUAUUAAAUUAGUGUUUACAUUUUUACCUAUUUUUAAAUCCCAUUAUACACUUAGAAAUACGUUAAUUUAUCACAAGACAUGUACUCCUAUCACGUUUUAGCCAAAUAUUUCUUUGUAACCGUACUGUUUAGAUGUAAAUAGAAUAUAAAUAUAUAUUUUAUUCUUGUAGUCGUUCCUUUUACAUUAGACCUAAGGUCUUUUUUACUUCGCAAUACUAAUACUGUUUAAGCAAUAAUUUUAUAUGUUCCCUGUUGAUUUAGCGAGUCUGAACCAGCGAGUUGCCCCGCGGCUCCACUCGUUAACUCUUAAAGCAAUCUCGCUUUCAAGGUCUCGUUCACUUGAAAUUUUAUCUAUAAUCUUUGAAAUUGUAUAAAGAGCUUUCGUCCCAUAACACGUAGCGUCAGAAUCAUUUCGCCUAGUUAUGUGUUGGAACUUAGCUGACUAAUCCCGCAGUAGGAAGGCCUCGUUAGUAAAUAGACGAUUAAACUGUCAACCGUUAUACGUACAUUCUGCAUGUGUUGUGCAAUAAUCGAAGUGUAGAUUUACAUUAACAGUUAGACUUCUCGCUGACUUAUCGCACACUUUUCUUAGAGACUGACAUUUUAUUUAGCUUGCUGCGUACAUUUCGCAUCAUGCAGCGUAAUUACGCACCUAAAUCAUUUCGCAUGCGUAUUUUCCCUUCGCAUUACGCAGUGUACAUGUGAUUGUAUUUCCUAGGAUAAGUCUGCGAGAAGUGUUGUAAUUAAAUGUAGAUUAUAUAUAGUAUAUGUCCAUGAAUGUGUCUCAUUUAAAUUGUGGUGUCUAUUCUGUGUUAGAGGUACUAUUUUAUGCUAGUUGACUGAGUGAAUUAUGAUGGAUGAUAUUUUUUACGAAAAGUGUUAAGGGGUUUAAUGAAAUUAGUUUUUUGCUACUGUAAAGAGCUCGAUUUCAAACUGAAAUGGCAUAAUGUUUAAUUUAUUUUGUCUUGAUAUGGAAUUACAUAACUCAAUACUUUGGUUUUUUUUUUAUUGUUCGUAUAAUACUGCAUUGUUUUACAGAUUCUAAAGGUAUUUUUGUUUUUUUUGUGUACGAUACCAAUGAACUAGUUUCGUUCAGCCCCGUACUAGCGGUGGGGGAAGAUUAAAACUAUGGAUGCUCCUCGGGUCCCUGCGGACUCACACUAUGGUGAUAUUUUUGCAAAAUGUGACUAAACGAAGCAAUACAUUGUAAUUUUAAUACGUCUUAUCCCUUAUUUAGUGAUGUUUAAGGUGUAUUUUAUUUUUAAUAAUAAUGAUAAUAAUAUAUAUCUAUUGUGAGUAGUUAUUCAUUUUGCGGUGAUAUAUAGAGCGGUAUAGAUAUCUUUUUUAUAAUGUAUAAAGGAUUCUAAUUUGUAAAUAGGUACUUAAUUAUGUUACAUGUAAAAAUAUUGUACAUAUCUCUUACGCUUGGAUUAUUUAUAAUGUAAACCGUUAAGGAGUUUUAGAAUAAUGUUGUGAUGUAAACAGGACGGCGGACGUAGUGGUGUGUGGCAAGUGUUGCCAACCUGGAAUAGUAUGAGACGCACAGUUAUGGCAACAUUACAACACUAGGUAUUUCAUAAAAGCAAUAAAGAUACUAUUGAUAAUUAUUUAUUUCAAGUUUUUUUAAUUCGAUUGUAGACCUAACGAACGACAACACUUGCUACAUAAUUGUAUAAUGUAACUAUAGAUUAACUAACAUGGAACACCAGUUUUGCAGUGUUGGUUAAUCCAUAGAGGCGCAUAGGUCGUAGAGCUCGUCAUAGACUGUAUACGGCCACACAAUCGACAGAUUUAAACCAUAGACUCAGCUUUUAGAUUUUUUUAGAAAGCUUUAUGGACUGGCUGGGUGAACAACCAUUGAUGAUAAAUAUUAUUAUCUAUGGGACAGUACAGAGUAAAAAAUAGAAAAAAUUCUGGGACAUAGCGUACAAUAUUUUUAAUUCUCUCUAUUUGAAAUCUCAUAUCGGAACGCUCUCAUGUUCACUAGCAAAUAAUUAAUCUAAUUUUACUUUCGAACAUUUACUUUAAUUGUCAAGUUUCUCAAUUCUCUUCAAUGGUUGUUCAAUUAGAGAGUAAAGUCGCGUUCACAAGAAGCAUUUACAUGGUAGAACUGAUUUCCUCUUAAAGCAUUUAAUUUUAAUCUCUCUAUUGUAGAUACGGUGCAUAGACCCCAUUAAUCUGAAUGUGUAUAGCGGAGCAGUCGCGCGGACGGUGUGCGUGCUGUGAGCCGAUGUAAGCAUGUACAAUAAUAAAUAAUAGAAACUAUUCUAAUGGAAUAUGUAAUAAAAAUAUUAAAAUAUA